AUGAGUACCAUAAGAUGUUAUAAGCUAACGUGUAACCGUGAAGUUGAACUUUCAUGCAAUUGCAUUUCUCCUGAGAUCUACUCUUGCAAAAAACACUUAUUGGAGCAUUGUAAAUCUAGUAGCAGACCUCAUAAUUUUAACUCAAUAUUUUAUGAGCCUGUUGAAGGCACAAAAGAAGCGAUCCUUAGCCUUCUUGCAGAAGAAAAACAUAAAACUGAUGAAAUAAGAACAAAUAUAAUCGCUUCCUUUUCUCAAACUCUUUGCAGCUAUAAAAAUAUCCUUGAGCAAAUUUUGAAAGAAAUUGACUAUGACUCUGUAAAAAUUUGCAGUGAUGUCGAAAAGAUCUUGCAAACCCAGAGACUGUCGAGAUUUGAGAAGGAUCCAGUUUUAAAUUUGUUAGCUUUCCCGUCAAAUGAAGCUGUUGGAAAAGCUAAAACAAUUUUUACAGUAAGAUCAAAUAAUAGCAUUAAAUUAUUCUCCGAAAUGGGAAGACAAAUUGAUGAAAUUAUAAAGAGAUUUACCGAAGAAAAGUCUAAAGGUAUUUCACAUGAAAUGCAGUUUGAAUGGAAAAACCCCCUUGAAGGGCGUAUAAACUUUGAGAAGAAGGAAGAAAAGAUGCAUUAUGCCUUAGAGGAGUACAAAGAAAUUAUCAGAAUUAAUCCAAGUAACGCUGGUGCACACAAUAAAAUAGGAAUGAUCUUAGAAAGUGAAAAGAGAUAUGAGGAAGCAGUAAAACAUUAUAACGAUGCAAUUAGAUUCGACCCAAACUCUGCAUUUUAUUAUACAAAUAAAGGAUAUGCUCUUCAUUAUUUAGGUAGAAGAGAAGAAGCUAUGGAAUGCUAUAAAGAAGCUAUCAGAAUUGAUCCAAAUCAUGCUGACGCGUAUCAUGGCAUAGGAAUUAUCUUAAAAAAUGAAAAGAGAUAUGAAGAAGCGUUAAAAUUCUAUAACGAUGCGAUUAGAAUCGAUUCAAACUGUGCUCUUUACUACACAAAUAAAGGAUAUGCUCUUCAAGAGCUGGGCAGAAGAGAAGAUGCUAUGGAAUGCUAUAGAGAAGCUAUCAGAAUUGAUCAGAAUUAUUCUGAUGCAUAUAAUAACAUCGGAGUUAUCUUCUAUAGUGAAAGGGCAUAUGAAGAAGCAAUAAAAUAUUACAACGAUGCAAUUAGAAUCAAUUCAAAUAAAGUAAUUUAUCAUACAAAUAAAGGAAAUGCUCUUAAAGAGUUAGGCAGAGGAGAUGAAGCUAUGCAAUGCUAUAAUGAAUCUAUCAAAAUUGACCCAGAUUACGCUGAUGCAUACAAUGGUAUAGGAAUAAUAUUAAAAAAUGAAAAUAGGUAUGAAGAAGCAAUAAAAUAUUAUAACGAUGCAAUUAGAAUCAAUCCAAACUGUGCAUUUUUAUAUACAAACAAAGGAGAUGCCCUUAAAAAGUUAGGUAGAGAGGAAGAAGCUAUGGAAUGCUACAUAGAAGCAAUUCGAAUUGAUCCAAAUUAUGCUGAUGCUUACAAUAUGAUAGGAGUGAUCUUAGAAAAUGAAAUGAGAUAUGAAGAAGCAGUAAAAUAUUACAAUGAUGCAAUUAGAAUCAAUCCAAAUAUAGCAUUUUAUUAUACUGAUAAAGGAAAUGCUCUUAAAGAAUUAGGCAGAGGAAAAGAAGCUAUGGAGUGUUAUAAAGAAGCUAUCAGAAUUGAUCCUAACGAAGAUAACGCAUACAAUAUGAUAGGAGUCAUCUUAGAAAGUGAAAAGCAAUAUGAAGAAGCAAUAAAACAUUACAACGAUGCAAUAAGAAUUGAUCCAAAUUGUGCAUUUUAUUAUAUAAAUAAAGGAGAUGCUCUUAAAAUGUUAGGCAAAAGAGGAGAAGCAAUGGAAUGCUAUAAAGAGGCUAUAAGAAUUGAUCCAAAUGAAGAUAAUGCAUACAACAUGAUAGGAGUUAUCUUAGAAAGUGAAAAGCAAUAUGAAGAAGCAAUAAAAUAUUACGAAAAUGCAAUUAGAAUUGAUCCAAAUUGUGCAUUUUAUUAUACAAAUAAAGGAGAUGCUCUCAAAAAAAUAGGGAGAAGAAAAGAAGCAAUGGAAUGUUAUAAAGCAGCUAUCAGAAUUGAUCCAAAUGAAGAUAACGCAUAUAAUAUGAUAGGAAUUAUCUUCUCUAUUGAAAAUCAAUAUGAAGAAGCAAUAAAAUAUUACAACAAUGCAAUUAAAAUAGAUCCAAGUAUAGCAGUUUAUUACAUAAAUAAAGGAAACGUUCUUACAGUCUUAGGUAGAGGAGAGGAAGCCACAGAAUGCUAUAAGCAAGCUGCUAAUAUAGAAAAUGCUUCAAAAUAUGACUAA